AUGCUUUUCAUUAUGUACAAGCCCGGCAAGAAGAAGGCUAAAGGUGCCAAGCCAACCGCAGCCAAGAGCUCAAAAGGGGGCGCCCUGCCCGUCUCUGCCACCGCCGACGACGUGGCCCUCGCGCCCGACCAGCACCCACCGCUGGCGCUCACCGUCGCCGCCGCGACCGCCACCGCGCCGGCGUCCGUCGCUGCCCUCGCGCGCCUCGCCCCCGCGCCGCGAACGGCCCCCGGCGCCGAAGGCGACGUCGGCGACGACGCGGGCAGCGACGCGGCGAGUGCAGCGCCAGAGAACAGCGGGCCCAGUGCAACUGGGCGCUGCGAGGUGCCAUCAAAAGACAGUCAGAUCAUCCUGCGGCGCCUGACGACCAACCUGAGGCCCAUGGUGCUGGAGUGGUCCGACCUGGGCUGCGCAUACCCCACAGGGGAGGGCGUCAAAAUUGUACUGCAGCACGUGUAUGGAUCAGCAGAGCCGGGACAGAUGCUGGCACUCAUGGGACCCUCGGGGGCCGGCAAGUCAACCCUGAUGGACAUCAUAUCCGCCCGCAAGAGCGUGGGGCGGCUGUCGGGGCAGGUCUUGGUCAACGGGCGCCCACGCGGCCCAGAAUUCACCCGCAAGACAGCGUACGUGCCGCAGUCCGACAACUUUCUGCCCACCAUGACAGUCCAAGAGACGGCCUACAUCUACGCCUCCCUGCUGCUGCCCAGCUCCUGGGGCGCCGCUGCGCGCAAGGACCGCAUUGCCGCGGUCCUGGCCGCCAUGGGGCUCAGCCACACUGCAGACACGCUGGUUGGCGGCACCCUGCCCGGAGGGAUCCUGCUGCGCGGGCUGUCAGGGGGCGAGCGCAAGCGGCUGUCCAUAGCCACGGGCAUCAUCUCCACGCCGGCAGUCAUCUUCCUGGACGAGCCGACCUCGGGGCUGGACUCGUUCAGCGCCCUCAGUGUGAUGGGCUACAUGCAGUGCAUGGCGCACAAGGGGGGCCACACAGUCAUCGCCUCGAUCCACCAGCCCCGCGCCGCCAUCUGGGCGAUGUUCGACACGACCCUGGUGCUGUCAUCUGGCCUGCUGAUGUACUUUGGGUCCCGUGACGGCCUCGUCCCCUGGUUCGCGUCACUCGGCUACGAGUACGACGCUGCAAUGCAUGGCGUGCCCAGUGACUGGGUGAUGGACCUGGUUAACGUGGGCUUCCACAAGCCGCAGAAGUUCUACGGCAAGAUGAUCUCAUCCAAGGGCGAGCUGGAGGAGGCGUCCACCGCAUUUGUGCGCCACCUCCUCUCAUCGCGCGACGCCAACGGGCUCGCGGCCAUCGAGGAAGGGCGCGCCGCCAGCUACUCCGCAGGACCCUCGGCCCACGGCCCGCCGGUCGCGCCCCUGAAAGAUGCUGACGAGGCGGCAGCGGCGCCUGCACAGCCGGCCGGCCCGGCACUGGCGGGCGGCAGCGCGUCCAAGCGUGUGACGCGCUUUGUCACUGCCAGCGAGGGCAGCGCCAGCGACGAGGAUUCGGCGGCGCCCCACGCGCCCACGCUCGUGGGUCGCGUGCCACAGCAACCCCCCGUGCCCGCGGCCGCGCCCGCGUCGGCCAAGCCAAUAGCCGCCGCAAAGAUGGCGGCGCUGCAGGCGGCCCUGGACGAGCAUGCGCGCCACGCGGACGUCCGGGCGGCGCCGCCGGGCGGCGGGCGCGGCCUCAGGGCUGCGCUGAGGCGCGUGCGCGGCGGUGGUGGGCCUGGCGGAGUGGACGGUGGCCUGUCGCCCCCGGUGUCGCCGCGCAAGGGUGGCCGCCGCGGCAGCGGGCAGGCGUCAUGGUUCCGCCAGUUCAGCGUGCUGCUGUGGCGCGAGGCGCUGUCGGUGACGCGCAACCCCGCUGACGUGGCGGGCCGCAUGCUGAUCUUCACCUGGAUCUCCGUGCUCAUAG